UCUCAGUUCACAACAAAGUGCCACUAGACCAGUGCUCACUUGAGUGACCAGCGUGUUGAAUUUUUGGGAGGAACCACAAUACGAUGGCAUAAAAGUGAAAGCGUCAAUCAUCGAGUGUUGGCACUCCAUAGCACAUCUCACCCCGCCAGAGAGAGCGCCAAUGCAAAUAGCAUAGUCAGCAGGCUUUCGUUCAGCAAUUUUAAUAUGCACCUUACAGGAAGCGUUUCAGUUUAACAACAGACCUCGAUAGCUUCAGACUUGGUGAAAAAAAUGGCAGUUUUUUCUUACAAAACUAUGCAAUCCGAGUUGAUCCCUCAUCUGGACACUGGAAUGCACGACCAGCAGAUCGAGAUCGAAUUGGCUGAUACCUCUGAACUUCCGGUUGGUGAACGUAACAUCCGACCAGCGCAUUGUGUUGUGAGUAGCAAAUUUCUACAGGCAGCGGAAAGAAUUCACAAUUUUACAGUGUACGAAGAUGAUGUUUGGAUUGUAACUUUUCCCAAAUGUGGUACAACAUGGACCCAGGAAAUGGUUUGGCUGAUUGAUCAUAAUUUGGAUUACGAAACAGCGCGUAACGUCAAUCUACUACAACGGUCUAUAUUUUUUGAAUUGUCGUGGAUUAUUAAGAAAUAUGAUGGUGAUACUCUUGAGCAAGUGGAAAAACUUCCGCGUCCGCGUCACAUCAAGUCCCACCUUCCUCUGGCCCUACUUCCGCGUCAGCUGUGGACGGUGAAGCCUCGUAUUGUUUAUUGUGCUCGCAAUCCGAAGGAUGUUGCAGUUUCGUAUAUGCAUCACUAUCGUCAUCUUCAUGCUUUUCAAGGGGACAAUAAAGUGUUCCUAGAGGCACUUUUGACCAACCAAGUACUCUGGUGCCCCCAAGUUCAGCAUACUUUAGACUUUUGGAACAUUCGCCACCGAGAUCAUGUGCUUUUUCUUCAUUUUGAGGAUAUGAAGAAGGAUUUGAAGCAGAUUGUUAAACAAGUUAGUGAGUUUUUCAAGAAAUCUUUCACCGAGGAACAAUUAAACCAACUCGCUCAUCAUCUAUCAUUUGACACCAUGAAAGAAAACCCAUCCGCCAACAAUUCACUUCUUGUUAAAACACUCGCUUCUGUGGGAAACAGACGGAUUGAUUUUGAUUUUAUGAGAAAAGGAAAAACUGGGUGCUACAAAGAUGAAUUACCAAGCGAUUACAUUACUCGUCUGCAAGAAGCGAUCGAUGUUCAGCUCAAAGGUAGCGAUUUCAAAUUUCGAGAAUAAAAAGAUGUAUAUUUCAAGCUAAGCGUUACGAGAUAUUCUGUUUAUUGGACUGAUGUUUUAUUGAGGUGUUACGGGUACCUUCAUCAUGGGGUUCGGAAUUGUUUUGUAUUUUCCAUUAACAAAUAAAAUGAUGUUAAAAAUA